AUGGCCGUAAUCUUCCACGAUACAUACGCGGAGAAUAUACCUCGUGAUUCCGCCGAAGCGCAAAGAAACACCGGCUACAUCCUGCACCCAGCCGUCCAAGCCACGAGGUACCUCGAUGCCUGUGUCGCCGUCGCGGGCACAGGUACCGCCGCCUUUUUACACGAGCUAGCGCAUGACUGGUCAGAAGCCACCCUGCAUGGCUAUGACAUAUCGACCUGCCUCUUCCCGCCCGCCGAUACCCUACCGCUAAACGUCAGUUUGAUCCUGUACGACGCGUGCCAGGAUGUACCCAGUUCCCUGCAAGGAAAGUACGACUUCGUACACGGACGGCUAAUGGCAGCUGGGCUCUCGGCCUCGGAGUCGACUGGUGUGGUGAAAAACUUGGCCCAGCUACUCAAGCCUGGCGGUGCGAUGCAGUGGGAAGAGUGUGAUUUCACCGCUGUGUGCUAUUUGCCCGGUGGCGCUCAUUCCUCGAUUGAUACUGCCAGCAAAAUGGGAAAAUUGUUCUCGACGGCUAUGAGGCUGCGCUUUGAAGCUGGAAUGAGUUGGCCGCAGAAUGUACAUACGGAGGCUGCUGCUGUGCAUCGGGUUCGCGGUACCCGCGAGCGCUUGACUGCAAAUAGGAUGCAGUCUAUUUUCGCGUGGGCGCGGCUUCAAUCUGCUCGUGGAUCCAAAUGGGCGCUUUCUAUGGAAUACCUCGAGGAGCUGGAGCAAAAGGCUCAUAAGGAUAUUCAAUCUGGCUGCUAUGGUUCGUUUGAUGUUCAUAUUGCCUGGGGAUUCCGGCCCCGAAUCCCGAGCUAA